UCACCACCUGUAUUUCCAUCGCUCCAAACAAAAAACAGACUCCUCAAAAACCUGGAAAGUUUUCUAUAUUUUUAAAGUUCUCAAAUAUAGAUAUAAAAACAUGUAUUCCUCUGCAGGCAAUAGUCCUAUAAAUAUUCACUACCUCUUUUGAAACCGUUGGAUUCUGCAAAGGAUAGAGAGAGUUUUGAGAGAAGAAAACCCAAAUGCACGUAGUGAUAAUUACACUACUAUUUGUUUCUUUUAACUUCUUCCCUUUGCAUCAUUUUAUCUUUGGUUUGUGAGUCAGAACAAAGAUCUGAACUUUUUCUUUGUUAACUCCUCACUCCCUGUUGGCGAGAGACUGGGAAAAAUUGUUGUCUUUCUAGUUAAGAUCUAUUGGGUGUUAUUUGCUUGCUGGUGUUGUUGGGUACAAGCUUCGAGGGACUCGAAUAAAAUACUGGUGUUUUGUUCACACUUUAAGGAUCAAAACUUCAAAAGGCUUUGUUUUUGAGAGGUGACGUGUGGGGCUAAAGUGUUGGAACGUAAGUAAGAGCAGACUAUAUGUUUUUGUUUUAGCGUUAAGUUUUGGUUCAAAAGAACAACACUUGGGGUAUUUGGGUGGAGAGGAAGAUUGAUUGGAGGCGGUGAAGCUGAAAGCGGUCGUCUUUUGUACUAAAACCGGUUUCGGUUGAAAAAACAAACAGAAGAAGACCUCAAGCCUUGAGGCUUUGUGUUUUUCCUUGUCGUUAAAGUCUUCUUCGAUGGGUAAAUUGUCAGCUUUUUGUUAAACCUAUUCUUGUUAGGCGUAGUGGUUUUUAAUUUGUGGAGACACGGGGUAGAAAUAAAUGUUUUCAAGUGCGGAAAAAGAAUGAGGCUCUCUUCAGCUGGUUUCAAUCCACAACCUCAAGAAGGAGAGAAGAGAGUUCUGAACUCUGAACUUUGGCAUGCAUGCGCGGGUCCUCUUGUGUGUUUACCUCCAGUCGGAAGUAGGGUUGUUUACUUCCCUCAGGGUCAUAGCGAACAGGUAGCUGCAUCAACCAACAAGGAAGUCGAUGCCCACGUACCUAAUUACUCAAGCUUACCUCCACAGCUUAUAUGUCAACUCCAUAAUGUCACCAUGCAUGCAGAUGUUGAGACGGAUGAAGUAUAUGCUCAAAUGACCUUGCAGCCACUGAAUCCGCAAGAACAAAAGGAGGCUUACCUUCCUGCAGAAUUGGGCACUCCCAGCAGACAGCCAACAAAUUAUUUCUGUAAAACAUUAACAGCUAGUGACACAAGCACUCAUGGAGGAUUCUCUGUUCCUCGCCGAGCAGCUGAAAAAGUGUUCCCUCCGCUGGACUUCUCACAGCAGCCUCCUUGUCAAGAGUUGAUUGCACGGGACUUGCAUGAUAAUGAAUGGAAAUUUAGGCAUAUAUUUAGGGGUCAGCCCAAAAGGCACCUCCUGACAACAGGAUGGAGCAUAUUUGUAAGUGCUAAAAGACUAGUUGCAGGUGAUUCAGUGCUUUUUAUCUGGAAUGAAAGAAAUCAAUUACUUCUUGGUAUUCGACGAGCUAAUCGGCCUCAAACUGUAAUGCCUUCAUUGGUUUUAUCAAGUGAUAGCAUGCACUUGGGGCUUCUUACUGCUGCUGCUCAUGCAGCUGCAACAAAUAGCCGCUUCACUAUAUUUUAUAACCCAAGGGCUAGUCCAUCAGAAUUUGUCAUACCUUUGACAAAGUAUAUCAAAGCUGUCUAUCAUACUCGAGUUUCUGUUGGUAUGCGCUUUAGAAUGCUGUUUGAAACUGAAGAAUCAAGUGUUCGUCGAUACAUGGGUACAGUAACUGGCAUAAGUGACUUAGAUCCUGUUCGUUGGCCAAACUCACAUUGGCGAUCAGUCGAGCUUGGCUGGGAUGAAUCAACAGCUGGGGAAAGGCAGCCAAGAGCCUCCUUGUGGGAGAUUGAACCGUUGACAACAUUCCCUAUGUAUCCAUCUCCAUUUCCUUUAAGGCUUAAGCGACCAUGGCCUCCAGGAUUACCUUAUGGUUUCAAUGAUGAUAGUUUAGGCAUGAAUUCUCCACUUAUGUGGCUACAAGGAGAUGCAGGUCGAGGAAUGCAGUCUCUGAACUUUCAGGGGAUUGGAGUUACACCAUGGAUGCAGCCAAGGCUGGAUGCUUCUUCCUUGCUGGGUUUGCAGACUGACAUGCACCAAGCUAUGGCUACUUCUGCGCUGCAAGACAUGAGAGCUGUGGAUCCUUCCAAACCAGCAACCCCUACCCUUCUGCAAUUCCAGCAACCCCAAAAUCUAUCCUGCAGGCCUGCUGCUUUAAUGCAGCCCCAGAUGUUGCAGCAAUCUCAGCCAAAGGGCUUUCUUCAGGGUGUUGAAGACCACCAACAUCAGUCUCAAUCUCAGACCGAGGCUCAAACACAGCCACAUCUUGUUCAGCAACAACUGCAGCAGCAGAAUUCAUUUAAUAACCCUCAACACCAACAGCAAUUGCAGCAUCCACUGUCGCAGCAACAACAGCAACUUGUCGAGCAACAGCUUAUUUCUACUGCACUGUUUUCCAUGUCACAGUAUGUUUCGGCCUCUCAGUCCCAGUCAUCAUCUUUCCAGUCCAUACCUUCACUAUGCCAUCAACAGAGUUUUUCUGAUUCAAAUGGGUACGCUGUGACCAGCCCUGUUAUUUCUCCUUUGCGUAGUCUUUUGAGUUCCUUUCCCCAGGAUGAGUCGUCCAAUUUGCUCAACUUGCCUCGAUCCAACCCUGUAAUAACUUCUGCUGCAUGGCCAUCUAAGCGUGCUGCUGUUGAAGUUCUCUCAUCUGGAUCUCCACACUGUGUUCUGCCCCAGGUGGAACAGUUGGGGCCUAUCAAGGCCAACAUUUCUCAUAAUCCUAUUUCGUUGCCACCAUUUCCUGGCAGGGAGUGCUUGAUAGACCAAGAAGGGGGUACCGAUCCACAGAGCCAUCUCUUAUUUGGCGUUAAUAUAGAGUCUUCAUCACUUCUGAUGCAAAAUGGGAUGUCAAGCCUUAGGGGAGUUGGCAGCGAUAGUGACUUGACUACUAUACCCUUCUGUUCUAAUUAUACGAGUACUGGAGGCACUGAUUUUUCAGUUAAUCCAGCAAUGACACCUUCCAGUUGCAUUAAUGAAUUGGGAUUCUUGCAGUCUUCAGAUAAUGUGGGCCAAGAGAAACCACAAAGUAAAACCUUUGUUAAGGUUUAUAAAUCAGGUUCCUUCGGGAGGUCAUUGGAUAUCUCCAAAUUUAGCAGCUACAAAGAGCUGCGUAGUGAACUCGCACACAUGUUUGGCCUUGAAGGCCAGUUGGAGGACCCUUUGAGAUCAGGCUGGCAGCUUUUAUUUGUCGAUCGGGAGAAUGACGUUCUUCUCCUUGGUGAUGACCCCUGGCCGGAGUUUGUGAACAGUGUGUGGUGCAUCAAGAUACUUUCACCGCAAGAAGUUAAGCAAAUGGGCAAGCGAGGCCCGGAUCUUCUGAACUCUAUUCCAGUUCAGAGGCUCUCUAAUGGCAGUUGUGAUGACUUUGUGAGCCAGCAGAACUCAAGAAAUUUGAACUCCGGUAUUGUUUCCGUGGGGUCCUUGGACUACUGAACGAAUUUACCUGUUAAGAUGCUGUUAUUCUCCUGUAAUGUUAGUGCCUCUUGCUACCCUUUUAUAGGUUAAAAGAACUGCCUAACACUAGCUUGAACUAUUUAUUAGCACGUCGUCUAUGUGGAAAUAUGUACAAUUCAUAUUUA